AUGCACUGCAGUCGAUCUGAAAUCCACGCUCAGUAUCUUCGAAAUAAGUACAAGGGUCUUAGCGCUGCAACAUUGAAUAUGUCCUACUAUUUUGCCAAUGCGACCAACUCAUUUAGCACCCCAACGAUAUCCCUGGGCAGUCCAACUCAAGUAUACGAAGCAGUCAAUCGUUAUAUGAAACCAUUUCUGCAACAAAGAAAGUUGGACAACCCACUACCCUUGUCUUGGAUCUUACCACGAGCAGCAGAUGGCGUUCGACUAGCGAAAGUUCAGCAUGAUAAUUUCCACCUGUACGAUGGCGACUCGUGCGAAAUCACCAUUGAUGAUGACACGCUUGAGGCGAUCAGAAAGAUGAGAACAAGCCUGAACAAGGUUAAAAUUCGCCUUCCAAAUCAAGAUGCACCUGAAACUUGUCAUUCCGUACGUAUAUAUAAACAAAGCGGCGACGACCCGACGAUUUCACAACAUACGUUUGCCACGAGGCACAUUGGCAUAGAAUCUCUAAGGGCUGCACGUCAAAUGGUUUCUGAGGCUCGAAGCAUCUACGUGGAAGUCGAUCGCGAUGCAUCGCUUGCAUCAUCUUCUGCUCCUAUGGAUGUCCACGGUCGGCGUUUGACGGACGUCUGGCUUGGAUAUGGCGACGGCGACGGCAGAGAGAGGAGAGAAGCACUGUCCCGCAAGUUGGCUUUAGAAGGGUAUACAAUGUCUUUCUACACGACAGGUAUUGAUAAGCGGAUCGACGACGCAAUGAGAAGUGCCAAACGCGAAAAAAGAGGUAUGUUUAAUCUGCCCGAAGAGCUGUUCUGUUAUCCAUUUCGCCCGUGGGAACUUCGUCAAGGCCUAAAAAAAAACCCUGACAUGUACAAAGAGUUCCGUCCCAUCCUUAACGUACCGGCAGACCCAGCAGUUUCGUGGAAGCCUAAACAGCGCGCACCACCAGUCGAAGCCGAUGACGAAUGGCCGGACAGUCAAGACAAUGAUUUGUUCUUCUUUCGCAUGGUGAAGUGUCCGCUGAGCAUGGAAACUCUCUGUUUUCGGGCGAAAAGUACCAUACCAAACGCUGGAUAUGGCCUGUUCUUGAAACCGCACAAGUUCGUCGAACGAGGAACUCAUCUUUGCUUGUAUGCUGAACAACCGCUCGCACCGGAAGAAUUGGCACAAUCUCAGAGCUCGAACAUGUACAUGCUGGAAACAAGUAAAGGCACGUACGAUGCUGAAGAUGCGACCGGCAAUAACCUUGGUAGAUAUGCGAACCAACCAAAUGUCCUCCCUGCUCUGCAACGCAUCAAAGAAAUGUCGACAAAACCUCGGCCGAGUAUGAAUGAAAACGACUGGAAAGCAAUCGAAGCUGAGAUAGAUGCCGCUUGCAAUGCCGAGUACAAAGUUGUCAGAAAACAGCUUGUCCUUGUCGCUAAGAUUGACCUGCAAGAAAGUGUCAACUCGGAAGAAAUCUUUACCAACUACGGAAGCAUGAGGAAUUAUUGGAUAGCGGCAGAGCGGGAGAAACCAGGUUGCUUUGGUGGUGAAAUAUCUAGCAUUGUCAGAUUUCUCCUUAACUCUCCCGAUUGUAACUGGACUGAUGCACAACGCUCUACCUUGGGAAGCAAAUGA